AUGAGGUUGAUCGUUCAGAUUUAUAACUCAUACGGCAUGGUCAUGGGCAUGACCUCAUACAUAGCAGUUGGAGGAAAAUUCCGGCAAACAAGGAUUACGCAGACUUACGCGGUGGUUAUGAAUGCCAUCACCUUGAUUUUGCUACCGAUGGGAUUUUGGAAAUCGGCCCAAAUAAUGACGAUGGCCAAAUGGCUGCCGUCUUACAUGUGGAUAACUCCAUACGUCCUGUUUUCAAUCAACUACAUCGUAAUCGCGCACACCCUGAUUUCGAGAUGCUACAGGGACGCUAUGUUGAUAGACUUACAGGUCGUUAUAAUACAAGUAAAUCGAGAGAUGUCGCGCACGGGAAAGGGUAUUAACUCAAAGCUGCGACAAUUGUUUAUCCUGAAAACCUUUACGUUGAGUUACUUGUGUUUGUCGUAUUUACUGGGCAUUUUCAUUUGCCAAUACGGACUGCCUUCGUCGCAUGUUUGGAUUGGAUUUCUAGUUAACAUUUUCUUAAGCAUCCUGAUUCUGAACACGUAUUUUUAUUUUAUUUCGUUUUGGCAAAUUGCCAGAGGCUAUGAUAUCGUGAGCCAGCGCCUGAAAGAGAUAUCCCUAGAUAAGUCGAUGGAUCCAAAAGCCCAAGCCGAAGAGAUCCGUGGCCUUUGGGCUCUGCAUGCGACCCUAAGUCGGACAGCCCGUGGGAUAAAUAGGCACUAUGGUCCACAGAUGCUUGCCUCCCGUUUUGAUUACUUUAUGUUCUCUAUUAUCAACGGAUACUUGGGGACAGUCUACUCCCAUUAUGACCAAUCCGAUUCGAUCGACAAGUUUUUCGGAGCUCUUUUAUAUUGGAUUCGAAGCUUUGACUUCUUUCUAAACGACUAUAUUUGCGAUUUGGUCACUCAAUAUCAAAACCAACCGAAGUACUUCGUCACCGAGGGCUCCAUGUCUAACGAGAUGAGUUCUUUCUUGAUAUAUAACAGCAGCACGAGACUGGACCUUAUGGUUUGUGGACUUUAUCCGGUCAAUAGAAACAAAUGGCUGCAAAUGAUAGCAUCUAUCGUAGUACACACCAUAAUGCUGCUCCAGUUUCAUCUGGUUAUGAGCAAAAAAUAG